AUUGUAGACAGACAUUUUAAAAGUUGGUAUAAUCAAGAUCAAGCUUCUUCAACCCAUGAACCCAGCCUACUUGGAAUUGAACUUUACAAAUAUGAAAUGGGACUUGAUAUACUUUCUGUGCAAUAUCGAUAAUAUAUGAAGUUUUUUAAUGAAAUUUUUAUAAACUUCUAAUCGAAAUGGUUAUUCAAAAGAAUAGUAAUAAUAUAGAUGCUAACAAAAACAUAGCAGUAAUUGAUAAUAAUACUGCAAGUACAUGGAAUUUUCAAGCGCCUGCUAAAAUAAUUAAUAUCCGUACAAGUACAACAACAAAUAUGCAAGCGAAACAACCCAUUACUCGUCAAAUAGCAAUCAGUACGUUGGCGGCUAUGCAUAGAAGGUUUAGCUUACCAGGCCCUGUGCAGCCACAUUCAAGGCCAAUUGCAGAAUUUCGCGCCAGUGCCAAUAAAUCUCUAGAUAUGUUGAGACAGACCAUUCAAUCUGCAGUGACUCGUGAAAUUGAUCAAGUUAUUAAGAAAUAUUUAGAAAAAUUCUUUGUCCCUGCUGUGAACAACAUUCGAUUGAACUUAGGCGAUGAAUCCGUGAGCGAAGAUCAGGUUCGAGCAGUUUGUCGAGCCAUGUUGGAUGCUACUAGACUUUUAUAUUCGACACCGUCUCGUACAACACAGCCAGGUUCUGAAGCAAGUGAAGAUAGCAACACUGAUAAUAAACUGACAAAGCAAACGCUUCAGAGUUCAAUGCAAACUAAGAGGAAGGAAACUGAAAUUGAUAUAGAUUUCAUAAGAGCUAAGAAAAUUAAACAAGAGGAGCCAUCAGAUGGUUGUUCAUCACCAGUACCAUUACCAGCCAUUCGAGAUCCAGAAAAGUGGAACCCCGCGAGACUUACACAAGAUACACUAUUCAUAAUGGGAUCUCAUGCUCAUAAAGUAUUGGGUCUUGGCAAUUCUCGAGGCCGUUUAUAUACAAGACAUGCAGGUCUGUUAAGAUACCCAGCUGAUAGUGCAGACAAAGAGUGGAUUGCCAGUCACAACUUGGUUAAUGCUGUUGGGGGUAAAACUUAUAUUAUGGUAUUAGAAGAUAUUGAAGAACUUGCUACAAGUGAUACAUACAAACAUAGCUCAUUGCCUUUACUGGGUGAAUUGACUGGAUUUAAAGUACCACCGUUUAUGUUGCGUAAAAUAAAAGCUUACGUUUUAAGAAGAUCUCUUAGCGGUGAUCUUAAUGCAGAUAGCCCUCAACCAUCCACAAGCGUCGCUCAAGAAGACAAAUUCAAAAUUGAAGAUAUAAAAUUAGAAGCACAUGAUGAUUUCGACUCAGCAAAUUUUAAUGCAAGUCAGUAUAUGACAAAUUCCGAUAAUUCUAGAGCAUUUGCAGAGGUACCAAUGAUGAAGGAGGACACUGAUUUCGCUGAUAUCAAAGUAGAAGACAUAGACGACAUAAAAGUUGACGCCAUAAAAAUGGAAGUUUUGGAUGAAAUAAAAGUUGAUGGGAUAAAAGUUGAAGAUUUAGAAGCGAAUGGAAUUAAAUUCGAGAAUAUUGAUGAUAUUAAUGUUGAUGCUAAUAAUGUCGAAGAUAUUAAAUUAGAAAGUGACGAUGCUUUCGAUCUUUGCAAGCAAGCUGAUGAUGAACAGAGCAAUUUAGUUGAUGGUCUCAUAGAAGCUGAUAUAGAAUUUUUGAGUCGCAAUUUGGGUAACAUUGAAAGUGAUGCCGAUGCAAGAAAAACUAUUGAAAAAUUAACUGGAGCUUACCCUGAUACUAUUACAUUAGUUGGAGAUGAAUUUGAUUUAGGAACGACUCUUAAUACACACAAUUUUUCAGGCAGUCAAGGUACUAAGUGUAUAACGGUGGCCUCAACAACCAGUGGAAUGGUGCAUAGUGUACCAGUGGCACAUAUAGCUCCACCACGUAUUACUGGCAGUACCGUCCAUUAUUACACCAGUAGUGGUGUUCAACCAAGCGGACAAAGAACUAUACACCAUUUGCCACAAGCGACUGUGACUAUACAGAGUAUCCCUGGAUCUAAUUCACAAUUGAUACGGGGAAUACCUAUAAACGCGAAAUCUGGUACAAUAAGCACAGUCAUGUCUCAAGGUACGGGCAGCACGAUUAUCGGCUUUGGCACACGAACAUCAAAUGCAACCAUUAUAGGAACACCUCAGUAUGUGAAUGUUUCAUCUAAAUCUUUUCCAACUGGGAACAUUUUACACAACGCCAUUGUUUCGAAGAACAUCGUCAAUCGCAACUUGGGUGCCAGUUCCCCUGCAAUGUCAUUCAACGUGACAACAGUAAGACCUACACACACAACUCAAAAAAGCACGAUUACAGACUUCGAUAAUAUUUCCACCACAAAAGAUAUGAUCGAUAACGCUUGUAACUCGUCUGUUAUGUUGAAAAAAGUUUUAACCUUGGGCAGUGCAGCUUCAAAGUCCUUUAUGAUGCAUAAUACACAAAAGGUACUUUCAACUGGCUUUGCUAAUGGUGUGAGUGCGCCGCCAAACGUCACUAUUGUUAGUUCAGGUACAAGUGGGGGUAUACCAUCAAUGAUGAAUAACUCUAAUUUACCCAGUGGGUCAAAUAUUGGAAUACCGACUUCUGGCAAUUUAAGUGCGACACACGCUACACUAUCUGCCUUACUAGCUUCUAAUGCAGAAAAUGCGAAAGGUAAUAACUUUUAUAAGAAAAAUGAACCGACUUCCUCGAUCAAGCACAUUAAUGAUUAAUUAAAAUUUCACUAACUUCAUUCUGUGGUUUAAUCUGUAAUUCUGUAAUUUUUUUGAAAACGUUUUAUAGAUUAAACU